CAGCACUUGGUUGUGGGUUCCUUACUUCCUCUUUCCAGUUGCUUGUUCUUUUUUAUCUUGAGAGAGAAACUGCGGGUGGGGAAAGCAAGGUACUACGAUCAAAGGGGAGGCAAGCUUCUCCCAUAGCUACCUUCUCUUCCUGGACCAAGUGACUUGUGAAUCGCCAGGUGAGCUCUAGUCCCGCCCCUUCACCUGGGAAAUGUUUCCUCUUGAAGAGUGGGAGAAAGAGAAACUGCCAUGAAGGAAAACCAAAAGGGGGAACUCAGACGCAUCUGACACCAAAGGCUUCUGUCCGCCAUGAAACUCCACCUCUCGAGUGCUCUCGCAUCUUCCCACCUGAGGCAUCUCCCAGACCGGCAGGGAUUGCUGUAUAAGAAGAGCAUCCGCACAGCCUCCUACCGGCCAUGCUGGUGCGAGCUUUGGGGCAAUAUCCUCUUCUGCCGAGACCAAUCAACAGAUCGGGGUCAUCUCCGGCUCAUCAUCCUGGAAGGUUGCACCGUUGAGCUGCAGGAGUCUGCAUCUGAACCGCACACCUUUGAGAUUUCCUACCCCGAUGGCGUACCUGGCGCCCGAUCCUACAAAAUGGCGGCCGAGAGCCAAGAAACCAUGGAGGGUUGGGUGCGAGCUCUCAGCACGGCAGGUUUCAGUUACCUCCGAGCUUUGGUGACGGAGCUGGAGGGACAGUUUCAGAUGUUGAAGCACCAGCAGCCUCCCAAAUGUGAAGGACAAUUGAGACACCUGGCAAGAGACUUGAAACACCCCACUACAAAACCGGCGGUGGAAGCUGGUGUCUUCAGCAUGGGUUUUGGCCAGCUCCAUCAGCAAUUUGGAGAAGAUAUUGUGAGGCUGAGGCUGAAGUGGCAGGAGAAGCAAGGCAAGCAGCAAUCAGAGAAUGAGUCCUUGAUUGAUUUUGAGUAGGGCAAUUCAGGCCAUGCCAAAUGUUUGGACCGUGCCUCGUGAGCUUUGGGAAGUCUAGAAUCUAUGAAGUUUAAGGCAAGAAUCUGAUUAAUGCCUUUGAAACAUAUGCCAGCACAUUGACAUUGAUUUUUACAUGCUAAAGGAGAGUUUAAUAAAUGUGUAUUU